ACAAAAGAUUUUAUUUCAAAUAAUUCAAUCCUGAAAUCACAGCAAAUCAGCAUACUAGACUGAUUCUUCAAGGUCAUAUGACACUGCAAGCAUCACACAUUGUGCUUAACUUAAUAAAGUGGUGAUCGCAUAAAAAUGAUUUCCCAACCCUGAAUUACGCAUAUCUAUCGGCCACUGAUGCUUUGCAAUGGGAAAAUGUUAUCAGACUUAUCUCUUGUGCAAUAUGGAAUUACGUAUGUGUGUGUUGACCUAUAUAUUACAUGACUACCGACAUUCCGACAGACUUAACACUGUUGAGUAACAGACCCAGACAUUCAACCUAUAUGCCAGGCCCCUAGACAAUUCACACAAACACAUUUAGUUAACACAGGAAAUCAUUGAUCUCUUUUCUCAAAACAAAUACACAUCAGUGAAACACGCAAAACAAAUCCUGAUGUUAUAUCACACACGAUGUCCGGUCAGUUAAAAUGUUUUUUCCACCAAAACGCCCAGCAUAAAAGUGAAUAACACAUGAUAGUCUGAUGACACGCUGACUUCUCUGGAUUUAUAUGCAUGCAUUCUUUCAAAUCAGCCCUUUUUCUCGCUAUAGUCCCGAAUUGCUCGUUACAAAACUCCGAGCUUCAUGUUUUGUAAUGCGCCUCGGCUGCCAAUGGACGCGCUCGCUCACGGUCACGUGAGUGUAUUUUUACGUAACUCGCGGACAAAACGCCAGUAUGUUUAGGAGCGCGAGUCACUACGUUCUUCUACACUGUUAACCGUAAGAAUGCUUUGACAUUUUUAUCAUUUAUUAUAUUUUGCCAGUUCAGUGGGCGUCGCUCGCAAACAUGUCGUUGCGGAGACUAGACCAAGACUACGCUUUGGAGGAGAGAGGACGGUUUUUUAUACCAUCCGAAACUGAAGGCGACUGGGACGUGGACGAGCAUGUCGAUCACCGUCAACUUGUUUUGCUCAAAGCUGAAGCUUUAGCGUCGGAAAACCGUCUCAAAGAGGCUGUCGAUAUGUUCGCCAUGGCUCUCAGAUACGGUCCUGUCAGGCCGGAGCAGCUGAGCAGUUUGGUCGGAUGCGUCCUGCGCAACUUCAAGAAGAAAUCAGAGGAGUCGCCAGCGAGAAGUGAGCCGAACUGGACACAGGACUGUGAAUUAGACUGCCCUGGUUGCCACUGUUUCAUAGCCGAGCCCGUGACGGUGACCUGUGGACACACGUAUUGUAGGAGAUGUUUACAGCAUAGCACUUUUUCUCAAUGCAAAGUGUGCAACGAGGACAUUAGGAGGAGGCCAGGUGAACCCCGGCUGAAUGUGAUAUUGUGUGGACUUUUAGACAAGUGGUUUCCAGAAGACGUCAAAAGAACUAAAUAUUUAGGGGAAGCUGAAAGCCUGUUGAAGAGUAAACAGUACGACAAGGCGAUUGCACUAACGAGUCGGUUAUUAGACUAUGGCUCCAGUAAUAUGUGGGUGCAGAUCUGCCAUGCUGAGGCUCACAGAGGACUGAAGCAUCACCGUCAGGCUUUGGAAAUCUGGGAGUCAUGCCUGACAGUUUCCCCAUUCCCAGAGGGUUAUUUCCAGAAAGCAAAAAUUCUCCAAGAAAUGGGUCAUGUAGAUGAAUCCCUGCAAGUCUUCCUUCAGUGUUUGGCAUUGGACGAAAACUUCCACCAGGCCAAACGAGAGGUGGAACUGGACAAUAUUGAAAUCUCCUUCUAACCUGUUGCCCUGCACUGUCCCGUCCCGGCGGUCAGCUGAUAUCCAUCCUGACAGUCACAAACAACAGAGCCAUUGGAAUGGACACAAAUCUGAUCACACACGUCUGCGUCAAGACACUGGUC